CUUUUCUUUCUCUCUCUCUCUCUCUCUCUCUCUCUCUUCUUUCUUUCUUUUACCUCUCAGAAUCUGAUUCAUUUGCCACACACAUAAGGCAAAUGCUUUAUAGUCUUUACUGAGUUUUGCACUUUCAAAGGAUUAGUGUCCUUUUCAGUUGUAAAAACCGACAGUGUCAAUAGGAAUAAUUUUUUGCAGUUCUUUGCAAUGAGCACGUUUGGAACAGCACUGACAUCCAAUGGCUGCUUACAGUAAUACAAAAAACUAGCCUCUUAAAAAAGGUCUUAGUAAAACGAAUGACUUGUUCCUUUUAAAAGAUGGUCACUGCACUUCAGAAGCAAGAUUACAUAUUAAAGUAAACUGAUUUUGUAUUAAGUAACAAAACUCUCUCUUUAUCCUGUCCUUUUAGCCAGUUACUACUCCCUGUGCCUGUUUAUAUACUGGUAAACACCUGGACAAAACCCAUUUCACAGGUCAUAAUUAUAUAGUGUAGAUUUUUACAUACUGCCUUCUGUAGGUGGGCCUGUUGUAAAUGUGUUUUUCCUUUUGAGAUGAACAAAGGCACAAUAAGAUUAAAAAAGCCGACCUUUCUCACCUUUCUGGAGAAACUGUUACAAGGCAUUGUAUUUCAAAUUCUGGAGGCUUAAUACCUAGAAUCUUAAAUCUUCUGAAUUGAUUCUUCCUUUUCCUAUAAAUGUUUGCAUUUUGGAUAACUGGACCAGAGAAUUCAAACAUGAACCUACUUUUAUUCAACUUUAAAGAAUUUAUAAUUUGGGCCAGUGAGAUUGCUUAGCAGAUAAAGUCACGUUGCUAAUAAAAAGUCUGAAGAGUUUGAUCUGUGGGACCCAGGUGGUUGAAGGAGAGAGUUGACUUUACUCUUACAACUCGAGAAUGCCUAUACAUUCACCCACACAAUUUUUAAAAGGUUUGCUUUUAAAAAUCACAGUUUGGGAAAUGAAGUGAGCUUGAUUUCUAAGUAAGUACAGAUAGUGAAAUGAAGUUGAUGCUAUUUAGGCAGAAAUUUUAAGAAAGGAGCCUAUGGUCCACUAGUUUUACAGAAAAAGGAAGAGAAGGAAGAAAAAGGAGGGAGGAGACAGAAAAAGAUAGCUGGUGGAAAACUUAAACUUGGAAAACUCCGCAAGUAUAAACCUAAACUUUCUAUGAGUUCAAGAAGAUCACUUGAAUAUGAUGCCUUAUUGGAGGAACUGGAAUGCUGCACCCUUCAGGACAGUGAGGACUAUUCAAAUCCAGUUUCUUGUUGCCUGGAUCAGCAACCCACACAGGAGAGCAAGCUUCCCCAAACACCAAAGACCUUGUCAACGCAGGGUAACACAAGUCCCUUGAAGGUGCAGCUCGUGUAUACAACCAAUAUCCAGGAACCCAAUGUCUACAGUGAGGUCCAAGAGCCAAAACAAUCAGUCUUACCUCCUAAGACCUCAGCAGCUGCUCAGUUGGAUGAGCUCAUGGCCCACCUGAACGAACUUCAGGCCAAGGUUUCAGUGAAAGCAGAUGCUAGCAGGAAACCCUUGCCAGACAAGCAGGAUCACAAGGCAUCUCUCGACUCAAUGCUUGGGGGUUUGGAACAGGAACUACAAGAUCUUGGGAUUGCUACAGUCCCCAAGGGCCACUGUGCUUCCUGCCAGAAACCAAUUGCUGGGAAGGUGAUCCAUGCUCUGGGGCAAUCCUGGCACCCAGAGCACUUUGUCUGUACUCACUGCAAGGAGGAGCUUGGCUCCAGUCCCUUCUUUGAACGAAAUGGGUUAGCCUACUGCUCAAAAGACUACCAUCACCUGUUCUCUCCACGCUGUGCCUACUGUGCUGCUCCCAUCACAGAUAAAGUGCUGACAGCAAUGAACAAGACAUGGCACCCAGAGCACUUCUUCUGCUCUCACUGUGGAGAGGUGUUUGGUGCAGAAGGUUUUCAUGAGAAGGACAAGAAGCCAUACUGCCGAAAGGAUUUCUUAGCCAUGUUCUCACCCAAGUGUGGUGGCUGCAACCGCCCCGUGUUGGAAAACUACCUUUCAGCCAUGAACACUGUCUGGCACCCAGAGUGCUUUGUGUGUGGGGACUGCUUCAGUAGUUUUUCUUCUGGCUCCUUCUUUGAACUGGAUGGCCGUCCAUUCUGUGAACUCCAUUACCAUCACCGCCGAGGGACCCUCUGCCAUGACUGUGGGCAGCCCAUCACUGGCCGCUGCAUCAGUGCCAUGGGGCAUAAGUUUCAUCCUGAGCACUUCGUGUGUGCUUUCUGCCUGACACAGCUGCCCAAAGGCAUCUUCAAGGAGCAGAACAACAAGACCUACUGUGAAAAAUGCUUCAUUAAGCUCUUUUCACAGUAGCUCCCCUUUGACCUAUAUCUGCUUCAUGUUCCCUAUAAAACUAAGGACAAGAUAGGAAGAUCACACUUUCUGUCCCCAACCUUCUGUUCAGUGGGCUAAUAGAGUAAAAACAAGGAACAAGUAAAGGCAUUUGUAGAUGUUUCUAGGCUUAUAAUCUUAAUUUUGAAGAUGCUUCUCAUUACUUUUUAAUUAUGUAUUUGCAUUUAGAUUCAGAUCAUGCUGUCAAGACCCCCAAAAGGUAUAUUUCUUAUGUGCACAGUUCUUUUCACUGCUGAUUUUCUCUUUCUCACUUUUUACUUCUACUGAUGCCCCAUUCAGACCUUAUGGGUCACAAAGUUUUACUCUCUCUUUGCUAUCAGGGGUCAGGACAUUACUCUUAAACCCUCAAUGUCUCUGCAUUUUGCUUUUUAUGUGGAAGUGUAUUUUAACUGACACGUGUGAUGAAUAAAGCAGCUUGUGGUUUUGGUGA